GCUGACAGAUGGAGUGCUUGCUGCAGCUCUGCUAAACUUCAGCGAAGCUUCCAGCCCUUGGAUGGAGCCAUGCAGCUCACCAGCUUGUCAGGAGCUGAGCUGCAGUGCAACAGUGCCAGCGACGCUUCUGUUGGGAGAUGGUGAUUGGCACUGAAGUGGCAGGACAAUCCUUUUAGGGGAGCCUGUGGUUGAAUCUUGGAGUUAAAAGCAAACAAGUAACAAGACUUGUGGGAAUGUGCAGCCUGGGAAAUGUUCCUGCGAUCUAAUUAGCUUCAGCAGGUGCAUUCUGGAGUGAAUUUGUCAGGCCUCGUGUUCUGCCCAAGCACCUCUCCAGCUGCUGAGGAGAUUUCUUAGCAAGAUCAGCUGGAGCUCAGCCUUCCACCAUGCCUGUGCCUCCCCCGCCAGCGCCCCCGCCGCCCCCAACGCUGGCCUUGGCAAAUACUGAAAAACCAACUCUAAGCAGGUCAGAACAGGCAGGGCGAAAUGCUCUAUUAUCUGAUAUCACCAAAGGAAAAAAGCUAAAGAAGACUGUUACUAAUGACAGAAGUGCUCCAAUUCUAGACAAACCCAAAGGAAGCAGCGGAGGUGGCGGUGGCUUUGGAGGAGGUGGCGGUGGCAGCAGUGGUGGCGGCUUCAGUGGUGGUGGGCCACCUGGCCUUGGAGGCCUUUUUCAAGCAGGAAUGCCAAAGCUCAGAUCUGCUGCGAGUCGAGAUGCUGAUACUGGGGCAGCCCGCCCACCCGCACUGCCGCCUGGAGCCCGCUCUGCUGCUGCCAAGCCAUUUUCAGCACCAAGUGGCCCACCUCGCUUCCCAGGGCCGCCACCGGGGCAGCGGAGCCCAGCUGCUGACCCUCAGAGGAGCCGCCUGCCACCACCCAGGCCCGAUGUGGGUUCUAAGCCUGAGGCCACACCGCCACCGGUGCCUAGCACACCCCGGCCCAUCGCCUCCAGUCUGCACGGCCGGGGUUCAGCACCAGCGCCAGUCCUCAACCGCCAGCCCAGCCUGGGGCCGACGCCACCGCCAUUCCCAGGCAGCCGGGCCGCAGGGUCAGCUGGGUCCCUGCGGCAGCCUGGCCCGGGCCCAGCAACCCCAUACUCGGGCAGACCACCGCUGCCACCCACACCCGGCCGCUCACCAGUGGAUGAGAAACCACCGCCGCCACCACCUCCCUCUGGGCACCGGCCAACUGCCAGCCGGGACAUGGCCCUGCCGCCGCCACCACCACAGAACAGCAAACCACCUGUGCCUGCUUCACCGCGGCCACCCCUCGGUGUCCCUGCACCCCCACCACCCCCCAGCAGGCCAGGGCCACCCCCUGUGCCCCCCGGUCCCGCCAGCAGUGACGAAAUGCCACGACUGCCCCAGAGGAACCUGUCCUUGGUGCCCCCUGCUGCGCCUAGCUCUGGGAGUGGCCGCUCCGGCCCCCUGCCACCACCACCCAGCGAGAGGCCCCCGCCACCCAUCAGGGAUCCCCCCAGCCGAGCAGGCCCCCUGCCACCACCACCUCCCAUCAGCAGGAACGGUAGCACCUCGAGGGCUUUACCUGCCGCUCCCCAGCUGCCUUCCCGGGCUGGGCUGGAGAACCAGAGGGGUGGGCCCCGGCCACCACUUCCCCCAGACCGGCCGGGAACGGGUGCACCACCACCACCACCACCACCUUCAGCAGCACUCCGGAACGGCUUCCAGGAGUCGGGCGAUGAUGAGUGGGAAAGCAGAUUUUCUUUCCAUCCUAUAUCUGAUUUGCCACCUCCAGAGCCAUAUGUACCUGUGAAUAGAAGUUACCCCAGUAAACUAGCAAGAAAUGAAAACCGAGGAGGCUCUGCUCGAAAAGAAAGAGGUGUCCCCCCGCUUCCACCUAUACCAAGGUGAAGUGGGUUCUGGCCCAUUUUUGGGCAACAUCUGUUCUACAAGGUUUCCUUCGAGUCAGCUCUCCUGCCCACAUCGUUGGAAAGUUGUCUGUUUUGCUCUAUUUCCACUUUUGGCUUGUCAGCUGGAAUAAACUUUAGUCUAUUACAAAAGUAAUAGACAAAGCUUAUGAACUAUAGUUGCUCAAAGCUAUAAAUUUUGUUUGCUUAAACUGCAGGCUGUCCUGAAAUGCAUUUUACGGACCAUGCCCGACAUACAUGCGUCAUGCUUACCAGGUCCAGCCCUGUCCUCUUGAGAGUUCCGCAGAGGUCUGGCUUUGAAUUUAACGAGAGCUGGAACAAAGCUGUUUCAUUCAUGUGGGGUACAGUGGCUGUAUUAUUUGAACAAUCAAGUACAAUCUGUUUGCUGUUUAUAAACCAACUGCCAGGGAAUACUGUAUAGCUGAGAAUCCCCUGGAGCUUCUUUGCUUGCCUGACCUGGUCCAUCUGCUUCUGCGAGCCAUAGUCCUACUACACGGGACCGAAAGUUUAUCUUCAAUCUUUUCACCUCAGCUUAGCCAAGUAAUUUUGUUUUAUACUGUAGAUAGCACGUCCUGUCCUGAGGAUGGAGUGUGUCUGGCCUUAUUUUUAUCUGCAGAGAAUCUUCCAAAGAGCACAAGUGAAGAAUUCGGCAGCAUAAAAAUAUCUUUUUUUACAACUUUUUUCCUUGUUUUGUAAUAACAUUACGGUUUUAAUCACUUAAUGCUUUUCUACUUUGAUGUGAACCAUCCUACAGUCAUCUGUGUCCUGGGUUAUUGCAGUGCACUCCUGAGACUACCUGCAAAGAGUUCUCCAAAAGUAGUCUUAGUGGAAAUGCAGCAGUUAUUGUCAUUUUUCUUUCUGUAAAACAUUUCUAACACCAGUGCUCCACAGACUGCUUUCCAUUUGUUUCUUUGGUACAAUUAAAUGAUGGGGUUUUAAUUUAAAAAGCUUCCUGAGGCUUAGGUGACAGUCGCAGAGAGAUUGUAGUUGACUCAUGUAACAGCAGAGCAGCUGAGGUAAAAAAUGUGCAUAGGUGGAAGCUUUUUGAUGUCGUGAAGGAGGUCUGGGGUUUGUGUGUUCAAGUGGGAGCACGAGCUCCAAAAUUUGCUGUCUGCACUGGUUCAAGAGGAUGAGAAGAUUUGGCCUUCUGAGUUUACCGUGAAGCCUAUUCUUUCAACCUCCACUGAAGGGAGCCUCAGCAGAGAGCCACAAGGUUUAUGCUCAUAGAAGAAAGCGAAAAGUAUUCUGUUGUUGUGACAAUUGGUUUAUAUGUUUAAUGGCUUUUGAAUUUUGUGUUUGAGAAAAGCGUUUGUUGAAUGAGUGUGUUUUGUAGAAGGAUCCAAAUGCAUGUAAAAUGCCUUUGAAAAUUAGAGGAAGGUUUUAAUGCUGAAUUUUUGAAUAUUGCCAAAUAAUAGCUCUCUGUUAAUUGGACUUCUGAAGUUUAACCCUGAAAAAUUUCCCGUCUCCUCAACAGCAUUUCUACAGCAUGCUUCUUGGGACCCCUACAAAGCCUGUACCAGCAGCCCUGUUUCACUGGGUAAAAAGAAAAAAAAAAAAAGGAAAAACAGGUCAUGUUGGUUAAGAAAGUGUUUCUCUAGUGUGAGAGAUGUGAUCCUAAGCUGAGGCUAGAACGAGGUUAGCCCUAGAAAAUGCAGGGAAUGUAGCUGAAGACAGUUUGAACCCCACUGCAACGUCUGCAUGUGGGGCUUCUUGCCCAUCAGUGGGCUUGGAGGGGCAGACUGCCUCUGUCCCACCACUGGGGCAGUCACCAUGAGGAGCACAAGGCAGAGCUGGGUGUGGCCACAUCAACUUCUUGGCCUUUUUGGUAUUUGUUUACAAAAUCUUGUUAGCUGUGAUAGCAUUUGAUUACAUACAGGUUUUUACAUUUUUUUGUAUCUAAUGACUUAUUUUCAGUUACUAUCUAUGGUCUCGAACCUGCAAUUGAGUGCGCAGGCGCAGGGAUGUAUCUACAUCAAGUUGCAGGGUCGUGGCUGUAAGAGUUUCUUAAAUAUUAAUGGGACCUCCAUGUGACAGGUGCACCUUGGGAUCAAGCGUAGCAAUACUGAAUUUCUAUAUAUUUUAUGGAUGUCACUUAAACGUAUGCACUAUGCAAAGUGCCUGUCUCUUUGGCGUAUUGUUAUGUGAAUAGAAGUCCAAAUAAGAUUUUUAGGAUAAUAACUUAAAGGAUAAAUUAUUGUAUUCGUGUUAUUAAACUGAAGCACUUACAACUUUGAGGAGCAACAUACUGAAUUUAAGAAUACAAUAUUUUCGAUACAUUGACCGGCCAAAUCCUUAAUAUCCAAACAGCUAUGCAGCCAAAAAAACUAGAAAAAGUACAAUCCAAGAGCCAUACUGUGUCUUGUAACUUACCUGCUUCCAGUAUGACUGUUUUACUUCAAGUAAAAUGCUGCAUAUUGUUCUGCCACCCCUCUGCACCAUUCAGAAUUUCUCGUAUUUAAUCUUUUUGGUAAGGUUUGCUGACCAGAAAGACUGGACUUUAACCAGGGACUUAGCAAGUCAGCUUCAGUCUCACUUAAAAUGUGCUACAUAGAAGGCCCUCAGUUAACGAGCCGAAGAACCCAAGCUGCCUGUUGGUUUCAGCGCUUCCUUGUACUGUAGAAACCUCCUCAGAACAGCUGUUUGGCAUGUAUGUAAAGUACCUUGAAAAUGCAGAAAGAGGUAUUUUUUCACCUGGCAACAACUCAACUAUUUAUAUCUUUUGCGAUAAAAUUCCCUAGCAUAAUUCAGAACAAUGCAGCAUUUUAUCUUCCAUAUAUCGCUUCACGUAUCAGCAGCUUUUUACAGUAUGAUCAGUAUUAUGGUAUUUAUUUCACUAUGAAGUCUUAAAAAGCAAAAGAAGAAUACAGAACAGGUUGAUCCGGUGGUGCCUUAUGACUUUUUUUGUCAAAUUUUCUGUUUCACAAGACAAAUGAAGUCGUCGUUCUUGCACGUCCCAACGUAAAUAGCACUUGGUGCAGCAGUGUUACACAGUGCUGCACCAAGUCCUGCUGCUGUCGUGUGCUCAGUCUGCUAACUUGAGCGAGUUGAAUGUGAGGAGAGGCGUGGGUCAGCCUCCAGGUGAGAUGUGGUGGCACCGGUGCCAUUGCUGACAUUGCUCUGGAAACCUCCCCUUCUCCAGACAGCCCAGUUGCCUUCAGCAUGCUUGCACAGUGUUAAAGGACUAAGCUGGGUUCACUGCUUGCGUCUGACAGUUACUGAUUUUGUUUUAAUGGCAUUGUCUUAAUAACAUUCACACCUCAGAGCUUUUUUAUGUCAUCACUGAGACUUGCAUUGCGUGACAAUGGCCAUGAAUGUUCAUUUUUGUUUAAUUUGACAAAGUAAAUAAAAUGGGAAUAACUUCUGUAGUAAUUUCUGCUCAGUAUUUCUGUAAGGAAACACAUGCUGUCUGCUCUGACUUGGUGCAGCAGCUGCAGGGGGAAGAGGUCCCAGUGAUUUGUGUUCAGAGUUGUUGAAGGAAGCUCAGCUUGUGGCGCAGGAAGCAUGUAUUUCUGUAAAUGAACCACUUCUUGAAUAAGGUUGCAAGGUUCUCGUUGAGAAGCCACCAUUUCCCAACACUAAAAGAGUCAUAGAAGUUGUUCUUUUCUGCAAGACUGAGCUAUUAGAGAAGUUGCUUCUGUUGCCAUUUUGAAAAGACGGCAGCAGUUUGUCCUUGCAGCACUGACUGCUUUUACAUAUCAUUUGUACAAGUAGGUCUCUGCCGGAGAACAGAGCUGCUGUCAUGGUUCACAUAGUUUGCAGAACAUUUUUUCUGUGCAGAAAUACAAAAAUUGGAAGGGUGCAUUUACCCUUGGAUGCAAAAAGUGGAGCCGGGUGAUCAGAUGGGGUUGUUUCAAGCAGAAUGUUGGCUGCCAGGAUUGGGGAGCUGGGGAGAGGUGCACCCAUGGAGGAUAACCCAGUUGGCUGAAUGUGGGCAUUCGUAUGGAAGCGCAGAGCCAGGUGUGAGCUGUGUGAGUGUGAGGUUGUGAACGCUGUCUGUCAGUGCACACAGCCUGUUACUGUGGUACUUUGAGCCUGUACAGUUCAUCUUGGAUGAACUUCAACCUUUCAGAUUGUACUCGCCAGAAAAUAAGGAGAAUCUCGUACUGGAGGUGCUCAGUAACACACGAAGGGUGGCUCAUAGAAAGCUCUGUAUGUCCCUAAGGGAACAAUGCUGGGUUACUCAGCCUGCCUGGUGGCACUGCUAGCAGUUAUGAACAGGGCAUGGCAGUGCAGGGAGCGCUGAAGGAAACCAGGAGGGCUGUACGUGCUGGGCAAGGGAGCGGCAUGUUGGUGUGCUGACGCUAUGUAGUUUGCGAUACAGGUUUGCGAUACAGGUUCUGUAGCAUAAACUCGUACGUGAUAAGAAGGCACUCUAAGUUUGGACUCAAAGGCACACAGGACUAUGAAAGAGAAACAUAACUUCCAACGCAGACUGAGCAGAAAGUAACACGGUUUUUUCAGGCGCUUACAGUUGGAACUUUUAUAAAAUAUUAAUCGAGUUCUGUGAAUGUUUUUCUGCUUAACAUUUAUCUUGUAUGUGAUUUUUUUUUUCUCCUUAUUUUUCUAUCCUAUGCCAAAUAAAUUUUACUUUUAUUUA